AUGGAGGGGGUUGAGGCCUACGGCUUCACUGCUGCCUUGAGUGGCACGUUCUUGCUGUCGUGCCUGCUCUUCGCGGCCAUCAACCGCAGCCUGCACGACCCCUAUAUGGAUGAGGUCUUCCACGUCCCCCAGGCGCAGGCCUAUUGCCACGGGCGCUUCCUUCAGUUCUAUAAUCCUGUUUCUCUCUCCCCUUCCCAGUGGGACCCCAUGAUCACCACUCUUCCGGGCUUGUACCUGGUCUCGGUGGGCGUAGUGAAGCCCGCAGCAUGGCUCUUUGGAUGGACGGGAAGCGUGGUGUGCUCUGUUGGCAUGCUCAGGUUUAUUAACCUCCUUUUCACUGCUGGGAACUUCUAUUUACUGUAUUUACUUCUGUUCAAGAUCCAUCAGAAGAAUAAGGCUGUGUCUGGUUUCCAGAGAAUCUUGUCUACAUUAACUCUUGCAGUGUUUCCUACCCUGUAUUUUUUUACAUUCCUUUAUUAUACGGACUCGGGAUCAGUAUUUUUUACUCUUUUUGCCUAUUUAAUGUGCCUUUAUGGUAACCAUAAAACUUCAGCUCUCCUUGGAUUUUGUGGUUUCAUGUUUCGUCAGACAAAUAUCGUGUGGGCAGUUUUUUGUGCUGGAAAUGUUAUUGCAGAGAAACUAACUGAAGCCUGGAAAACAGAGUUACAGAAAAAGAAAGAUGAAAAGAUUUCUUCCAGGAAAGGAUCAUUUUCAGAUCUGAUCAGGGUAUUGCAGUUUCUUGUUGAGUAUCUCAUACCGCCUAAAAACUUAGUUACAUUGACUGCUUUAACUUGGCCAUACAUUGUAUUAGUAGCUGUGUUCGUUGGUUUUGUCUUCACCAAUGGUGGAAUAGUUGUUGGUGACAGAAGUAGCCAUGAAGCCUGUUUGCACAUUCCUCAGCUAUUCUAUUUUCUGUCCUUUACUGCCUUUUUCUCAUUCCCUCAUAUAUUGACCCCUACUAAAAUCAGGAAAUUCCUUGUGUCAUUGCGAAAGCACCCUGUGCAGUACAGCUUAAUCACUGUCAUCUCUUUCUCCCUGAUCUGGAAAUUUACCUAUGUUCAUAAAUAUUUACUAGCAGAUAACAGACAUUAUACAUUCUAUAUCUGGAGAAAAGUCUUCCAAAGACAUGAGCUUGUAAAAUAUUUAUUAGUGCCAGUGUAUAUGUUUGCUGGCUGGAGUUUUGCUGAUACACUAAAAUCAAAAUCAAUAUUCUGGACCUUAGUGUAUGUUGUAUGUUUGUUAGCAGUUACAAUUCCUCAAAAACUGUUAGAAUUUCGUUACUUUAUUUUGCCAUUCUUAAUAUAUAGGCUCAAUAUUCCUUUUCAAUCUCUAUAUAGACAACUUCUGGAGCUGGCUUUUUAUGUUGUUGUGAAUGCAGUAACUUUUCAUCUUUUUCUCAAUAGAACAUUCCAAUGGCCAAAUAGUGAUGAAAUCCAAAGGUUUAUGUGGUGA